ACUCAUGUUCGACAGCCUUCCAUCAGUACCAUGUUGGGAUUAAAAAGAGGAUAGAGGGAGAUGCAGACAGAGAUGGAGAGACACAAACAACAAUAACAGAAGCAGCAGCAGCAGCAGAAGAAGAAGAAGAAGAAGAAGAAGAAGAAGAAGAAGAAGAAGAAGAAGAAAAAGAUGAAGAAGAAGAAGAAGAAGAAGAAGAAGAAGAAGAAGAAGAAGAAGAAGCACAGACGCCUGGAUAAAGUGCCAAAUAUGAUGAGAACAAGUAUGUUUACUAUUUAAAUGAAUAUCAUGUUAAUGAUAAUAGAUUUACUUUAAGGCAGUUUAAGUCCAUGGUUGUAUUGGAGCAUAGAAACUUGGGGAAAUAUUAUUGUUUACCUUUUUUUUUAAUAUAAUAUGAAAGGUGGACAGGGCUCCAUUAAACAACAAACCAUCAUCUUUAUCACUCUUCUUAGUGCUGGAUUUAACAGUAUAUUCAGACCUUUUAAGAUCUAUUUUAGAUCACACAAAUGCAUCAUAGACAAAAUAUAAAUAAAACCAGGGGAAUAUCAAAAGCCACUAUCAAUAACAGUAUGAGGAGCUAUUCCUUUUAUUAAAUGAGGGGUCUAAAAUUAUAUGUCCAAAAUCCGUCUGUUUACCCUUGGUUAUUCUAACAGAAAUCUGGAAAGUCUUGGCAGUCACAGCAUACUCUGGUAUAUUUCUGUCAUUUGAAGUGAAAAUUAUUCAAGUUAUUUACACAUACUGCAAGCAACUGUCAAUAAAAUUCAAUUUAAGAACAUCAGUGCCCUGUUUUUUAUGUGAAACUGUUGAGGAAUGUCUCUCAAAAUAAAGCUGAGAUUGCUGCCUCCAAUCUCUACUAGAGAGACUAACAGAAAGACCAAAAACAAGUUGUGAGGGGCUUUAAUCCUACAUUCCCCUGGAUAUAAAUAGAUGCAGUUCGCCUCUGGAUUGUUGAUCAUGUUUGCUAAACCAGCGCCCUUAAUCUAAAAACUUCUCUGACCUCCACCCUGAUUUUCCCCAGCUCAUGCUCCAGAUCCUGUACCAGCACAUGCAAACAUAAAAGCAGACAGUGUAAUCCCAAUGAUUCACAAAGGGGCAAAGAGACCACUUCUCCUCAGAGUCAAUCGAUUUCUGGAUCUGCAUAUUCUGCAGCUACCCACCCCCAGCGUUGGCUGAUCUACCAUGAAGAGUCCUGAGAAUUAAUUAAGGGAUGAUAGACAUCCAUCCUUGUCUGAUGUUAUACCAGCCAUUUAAAGGGAAAACUGACACUCUGUCUGUUUUUCAGCUGGUUAAUACUAAAGUGGCAUAAAGAUUCAGUGUGUGUACUCUAGAUUUAACCCUCAGAAAGGGAGAAUCUCAACAUCUCUCUCCCUUGGGAGCCAAUUACACACAGUUCAGGCAGGCUUUCAUCAUGAACAUGUGAAGACGGUCAAACACACAUGACCCUGAACAUUACCUGAGGCUUAAACCCCCUCUAACUCAUGACUUACCCUCACUGUUUUGGACACAAACAACAUAACAGAAAUGGAAAAUCAGGCAUCAGUUAGUAAAACAGACACUGAGAUUACAGUAGAGGAACAGAGGAUGUUCUCAUGUAUGCAUCAGGAAAGUAAGAGGAAGGAUGAGGGGCUUCAGUUAAUUCUGCUGAAUAAGAAACAUUCUGCUUACAAUCAGCAUUUUCUAGCCCCAGACAGCAGAGACGAGCCCAGAUGUGUUUAUUUGUCUGUCUGUGUGUGAGCACUGGAGUGCAUACCUGCAGGCCAGCACUUCUCCCCUCCACCUCCUCCAUCAGAGGAAUUGCCAAACAGCUGGUUGUCAUGGUUGCAGGUUUCUGUGGGCCAAUCAGUUGCCAUUUUACUGGGGGUCCAGGAAGGGGGGGUUGAGCUUGCACAGUCUGGCAAAUAGCAGUGAUAUGAGGGGGAGAUUAGCAUAAAUUCAGCCAGGAACAGUAAAUCCAUGCUCAAAUACUGUACUCUUUAUUUUUGUCUCACGUCUCAUUUCGUCAAUCUGAAAUGGCUCAUAUCUGGCGAAAUACUGUGGGAUGAACUGCCCUUUCAUUCACAUACACUUUAUCUUAUUUUUUUUUACUGAUAUUUUAUUUUAGUUCUUAGUAAAUUGACAGUCAGACAGAUACAUCCGUGCAGAAACCUGCCAGGCACUUCACCAUGCCUUAUGAAUUCUUUACAGAUCUGCAAUUAGUUGAAUCCUGUGAAUUAAGCAUAUCUCAUUGAUGUUUCAAUGAAUACUAAUGGGAAAGGCAUUGAUCCUCAUAGAAGGAAUAAUUGAGUUUUGAUGAGUCAAAAACAUAUAAUGUAAUAAGGGAGCUCCCCCUGCUGGCCAUAUGUGACAAUGACAAGUCAUUCAACACAGCUGUCCUGACUGGUUGGUUUUCCAUUGUUAACGUCUUAUAUCUUCCUUUAAACUACAUUGAGUCUCUGGUGAUUUGUACUUUUUUCUGCAUAAGACGUGAGAUCUCCUCUCAGAUUUUAACAUUUUUCUACAUGUAAAACAAAAUAAUGCUGAGUUUCUACCAGUAGUCUACCACAUUAUGUACAGAGUUUUAUAAGAUAUUAACUUCCUAAAAACAUAGAUGUUUAUACUCAUACUACAAAAUAAAAAAUAUAUAUUUUUGGGGGGGAACUGCCAAAGCAGGAGUAGCAGAUGUGUGUUAGUCAAGCAGAGGUACAGAGUGAGCAUAACCAAAGAGCUCAUUGAUCUACUUUGAAAGUGAAUGAACUGGUGACAGAUAGGUAGGCUUUAGCAGACAAAAUCUUUGACAAUAUGGAAGUAUUAAAAGUAUUUCUAAGCCCAACAAAUGUAUGCACUGUACAAAAAAAACUGUAAUGGCGUUAAUAAUUCUGAUAUCAGUGUCAAUAAUUGAAGUAAGGAUGUUCGCCCAAAUUGAGACACACUACAACACAAAACGUGACAGCUCCACAGAUGCCGCAUCUAACUCAACAGACAGAAAUGAUUUAACAAUACCCAUUUCCUCUUACUACCAAUAGAUGUCAGCAGAAUACUUGGAGGGAUUUUAGAACUUGGAGGUCUACUUGCACACUUUUUCCCAUGUCAACUUCAGAGAGCAGCAGCCCCCUUUUAAUUACUAAAACUGUCAAUAGUCUGAGUCAAACUGACGAAGCAACUAAAAAAAGUUUUCGAAACCAGCAAGCAAACAAACUAACGAACUAACUAACUAAAAACAAACAAACAAACAAAGCCUACCUACAUAAAAAGUACUGGAUUUCAUGGUGCGUUUAAGUUCCAAAAUGAACUUAAUGACUAAAGUGUAAAAAGUUUAUCCCGUCAUAACUGUGAGGUUUAACAACAGGGUUUUCAUUUUAUUUUAUUAAUGGGAUUAGCUUUUAGCCCGUGUCGUCCCCCACCUGUCCGUGGGAGGGUGCCCGGUCUAGCGCAGGAUCAGCUCCUGCCGUUGAUCCCUCUCAGCUGACGUCAGGAGAAAUGGCGGACCAGGAUGGCAGCGACGCAUCUCCUCCAGAGUCCCAAGGUGAGUUUUCAACCGAAGAAAAAGUUAACUUGAACAAACUUGAAACAUAAACGAGCUGCUAUCUGAAAGGUUAGACGCCGCUUUGCUGCGGGACUUCAGUUGUUGUUGUCGUGGAUUUAAACGCUGACGCCGGAUUCACAAGAACUACAGGGAGCCGGGCCGGUCACGGGAGUGGGAUUAACUAUCAACCGACUCACCCAACCGGUUGCCAAAUAUUCAUUAAACACAAACUAUGCUUUGAGCUACAAAAAUGUUUUCGGUUUCACCUUUGUCUCGAUAUUUUAAAGACCUUUUGAGGUCCUCGUGCGCGGAUAGACACCUGUUGCUGACAUGUCGUCAGCGCGUCGAAACGCUCCUCUGUAGACGUGACAGGUGAAUUCAUGGACCUGAACAGAGGCUUCACGGGGAGCCUGCUUCAUGUGUCUUCGGGCGAAAAGUUUAAAGAACUUCUCUGGCUUGUAAUGGUAGAGUGAGGACGGCAUUUUUUCUUUACCGUUUCUACAGUUUGAAGUGACAAGUUAAUAACCUGCCCCUUUCUUAAAGUCAGACCUCUGUGACCUAAAUUGUAGUUAAUCGUUUUUUUUUUCAUGCCUAGACCUACUAGUUAUUUCAGGACUGAAAGCUGCCUCAACUACUCUCCCUUCUCAUAACUGUUGGGUAUUUUGCCUUAUAUAGUUUAUGCCAUUUAGAUUAAAAUGUGACUUACAAGCCUUAACGUUCAGAACAAUGUUCUUUAUAAGUCUAAUUAUUUUCUGUUCAGACAUCUAAAGGAGGCAGAUUGUCGCCAGAGGUGUCGCCAAACUAACUGCUGAACCAUAUUGGGAUAAUCUCUUUAGUUUAAUUCAUGACCUGAUAUAAGGGUAAAAAAAUAAUCCACUGAGUUCUCUGUUAUGUAAAGGUGUUGAUUAAGUACUGAUGUCGGAAGACCUGCAAGACCUCACUGACUGUGAGAUGCCGUAAUAACUUAACAGUAGACUAGGAAGCCAGGGCUGUAGUUUUUUAGUUAACUGUCCCCAAAGCCAUCUAACUUCAUUGCUAAAGUAACAAUCUCAGAAUCCAUCACUUAAUCUUCCACUGUUACCGUAAAGCCUUCCCUAUAUUGGCUUGGUUUGGGGGAUUUUUCCUUAUCCAUUAUAUCCUUAUCCUUUACACAUUUUGGUUAGUAGAUUAUGACUUUACCUUUAUGAAUUCAUUGCUUUUCUUGCGCGCUUGUAAGCUAUCCCAUGUAUUUUUUUCUAAAUGUACCAGUUGUAAAUAUUCCAGUGUAUGAAAUGUUUUCUUAGUCUAAUAAGGAUAAGUUGGCUUCAGGAGUUAAGCUAUACAAACAUAGACUAUAGUUUACAGUCUGGGAUUAAAGGUUAAGAGUCAGGAAAAUACAUUUUAAGAGCAAUCUACUACGCAGCAUAGACGCAGCAGCAAAGUUAUUCCAGCUCAGAUUAGAAAAAAGCUUUUUUUAAAUUUAGGUCUAGUUUGUGCACUCACCAUCAUUUUGCAGCUUUCUGCACCAGUGUGCGGUUCUCUAUUGCAACUUUUCUAUAUAUUUUUUAAAUGUUCUGAUUUUUCACUUAGCAUUUACUCAUGAUUGUAUUGUAUGUUUGUACUCUCGGUAAAGUAUUUUUUUGCACCAAAACAACAGGAAAACUUUUCUCAUGUAUGACAAAAAACCUGCAUUGCAUUAACCUGGUUCUGAUCAGGUGCAUAAAAACAGAUGGUUGGUGACUCAACUCAUACAAAACAGUUAUAGGUUGAGUUUUCAAGCCAUCAGAUUUUACUUUUACUUUAAAAUAAGUUAUCAGUCAAAUGCUACAAUGAAUAAAAAUGUUGAAUCCGAAGUCCAGAUUGGAGUCGCGCGUGAUAAAAACUAUCCAACACUCUCACAUCAACCUCAGCCAAUCAGUCUUUAUUUGUGUUGUGCCAGCUUACAACAAAUGUUAUCUCAAGAUGCUUCACAGAAAGCGCAGGUCUAGAUCAUAUUCUUUAUUGUUUACAGGGAGCCAACAGCAAGAUUGGAUAAGAAUGAGUCUCAUCUAGAAAGAUAAUACCCACUCUUAUCCUAUCUUAAUCCACCGUGAGCUAAAUACUAAGCAGCAUUCACCAAGUUACAGCGAUAAAGAAAAACUUCCUUUCAACAGGCAGAAACCUCAAGCAGAUCCAGACUCAUGUUAGACAGUCAUCUGCUUUUAUAACAGCUUUCAGAAAUAAACCUUACUGUAUUACUAAUCUUACACUUAAUAUGUAGACACUUAUUGAACCAACUUUGCCCAUUACUCGUUUUUUCCCUUUCUAUUUGCCCACAGCACUAAUCUAUAAUACGAAUUCCUUCCAUGUCAAGUAUCUGUUUUCAUUUUCUAUAAUGGCUGACAGUUGCGUUUGUUACAGGAGACAACUCAUAGCUUGGUCAUACUACCAGGUGUGGAUGUGGUGAAGUUUAGCUCUGGCCUCAAGUGCGGGAUUUUUCCCUGCCUCAUAAAAUGGCACUUGAGUAGCCUGAGGACAUAGAGCUGCUUUAUACUGAGCUCCGUAGUCACAUUACUGUCAACAAGUGACCCAAUUCACCUUUAGUAGCAGCAUGUUAAUAUUGUUUUGUAAUCCGGAUUGGGCCUUCUGUUUGGUAACCUGUCCGCAUUCAUGGGGUUACAGGAUUUUCUUUUGAGGAGAUGUUUAGGAAAUCAGCAAAAUAGAGGAAUGCUUGGUUGUUAUUAUAUUAUGCAUAUAAUUUUGCUGUAUGUGUGAUGUAGUUUCGGUACUUUUGUUGUGUUGAUACUUUGCAUAUGUGAUGCUUAAAAAGUCACUUAGAGCUUAAGGUUCAUUGAGAUAAACUGAUUUUCCACUUCACUAAUAAUCUUACAGUAGGUGUAAAUAAGCACCAGAUGACAGAAGGCAUCUUGUUGUGUGGCACAGUUGGCCACUAUUUUGAUCCAGAAGAUGGAGAUUAAGUUGCAUGUAGGCUGUGUCUGGCUAAAUUUGAUUAUAACCAUUUGACUGGAGCAAUAUAUAACGCAAUAAGCAACGGCAUGUGGAUAUUAAUCUGCGAGGAAGGCCGAACCUACGUGAACCUACGUUAGGUAAAAUGUGCUCAGUUAGGUUGGUUUCCGAGUGAUUUCUUACCUUUAAACUAGUUAGUUUCUCAAAAUAUGAGUUUCUGUUUGAACAACUUGUAAAUUUGUCACUAAGGAAAGUCUCUUAAAAAUCUAGAUGUUUUUAUUUAGAUUUUUGAAAAAAGUUGGAACAAGGAAAUUCUUGCAUUUAGUUUAACAUACAGCAUUUUGGCACUUAGAUGAUAUAGUAGCAUUAAAUUCACCCUAAGGGAGCAUAAUAACUAAAAAAGCUGUUCAUCAUUUCAGUUUUCAAACACACAGCUUGUUUCUUCUAUCAGCAGGUGAACCUGUCAUAUUGUUCCAUUUGUUCCCAUGCCUUUGCUUCUCCUGUACUCUAAAUAGGUGUGAGAAGGGUGUGUAGCCCAGCCUAUCCGGUUUAAGUCUGAGUGUUGGAUUACAGCAUUACUCUAUCCUGCAGGGACAAAGAUCAGAUUGCUGUUUCAUGACUGGCAUGUAUUCCCUCAGGAGAUGAGACAGCAAGUUUCCCCCCAACUUUCCCAUCAAACAUUCAUUCACUUUAAUGUAAAGGAGACCAAGGAGAGAAGUGCAUCUUUGACAGGUUUUAGCCAGAGUGUCUUUGAUCAUUUUGCCACCUUACAGUUUAUUGGCUUCAUUAUGAUCCCAAGUUGGUUAAUCUUGUGCGUAUUUGCAGAUGUGAGAUAAGCGUGCCUGUCACAUGCAGCAUGGUUGUUCAGGCCCAUGUUUGCACUGUUAUUGAACAGACCUUUCAUGAUGUGCCCUGUGAUAACUGCAAUAACUUUAGGGCCCUGUUUGUUUCUCCCUGCCUAUUAUGCACCUGUUCUAUUUCGUUUCUCUGCCAGGCACAAACAUGCAGCACAUCUCCUAGACACUCUAUCCUUGCAUGCCCAAUGUUUUUGCGGGACAUGCAAGGAUAGAUGUGGGAAAAGUGUAUCAUUAGAAAGAAGCUGCACCUCAAGAUGUGUUUCUGCACAAUAAAACUACUCAGAUAAUCAAUAUACAGUACAGGCCAAAAGUUUGGACACACCUUCUCAUUCAAUGCAUUUUCUUUAUUCUCAUUACUAUUUAAAUUGUAGAUUCUCAGUGAAGGCGUCAGAACUUUGAAUCAACACAUGUGGAAUCAUGUGCUAAAGAAAAAAGUGUGAAAUAACUGAAAACAUAUUUUAUAUUUCAGAUUCCUCAAAGUAGCCACCCUUUGGUUUUUUGAUAGCACUGCAAACUUUUGCUGUUCUCUAAAUGAGCUUCAUGAGGUAGUCACCUGAAAUGGUUUUUACUUCACAGGUGUGCCUUGUCAGUGUGACUGACAGUCAGUCACGAAGUACUUUUGUCAUCAAGAGCAAAGGGUGACUAUUUUAAAGAAACUAGAAUAUAAAACAUGUUUUCAGUUAUUUCACACUUUUUUAUAAGUACUAAAUUCUUCAUUUGUUCAUUCAUAGUUUUGAUGCCUUCAGCGAUAUUCUACAAUGUAAAUAGUCAUGUAAAAAAAUAAAGAAAAGACAUUGAAGGAGAAGGUGUGUCCAAACUUUUGGCCUGUGUACUGUGUAUUCAUCCAUAUUUCUGACUGUAUCACCCUUCUGGUGCUGUAAAGAGGCAGAAAGAGAUGAAAGAAAAGAUUUCAAUAUCAACCAUGCUACUGUGGGAUGACAAGCAGCUGCUGGCUCUUUAAGUGGAGAAAUGGGCGGGGACAUAUACCAUGUGCUUUAUGAACACACCCCUUCCACACAGGCAGCUCCAGUGCUGCAUUGUAUAGUUUGGUGUGUACUUCCAAAGUUAGGUGUGUGUGCUUGUGUGUGCUUUACUUCAAAGUAUGCUGGCCCCCUGUCCCACUGCGUCAUUGGUCCAUGUGAUGCUGUUGUCAGGGAAACCCUUAACUGGUACCGGCUCACAUUCCACUGCUGGAUCCACACUGAAUAUUUCAACAGCCCCUGAUGCCCUGUGUUACCCUUGUGUUUGUAGGACAGAUAGUGUGUGUGUGUGUGUGUGUGUGUGUGUGUGUGUGUGUGUGUGUGUGUGUGUGUGUGUGUGUGUGUGUGUGUGUGUGUGUGUGUGUGUGUUGUACAGCCAGUGCUUUUGUGAUGUGAUUCUUCUGACAAGUUUGCAUUUACAGAGUCGACAUAGAGAGGGAGGUGAGGAGGGAGUAGGGCCCUCCCUGCACACUCAGCGUAGUGAGAGCAGCAUCUCUUGAAGAGAGUGAGGAAGUGAAGUGCAAUUUCCUCAGCUCUCACUCCAGCCAGUCUCCUGGAUUAAGUCUUCUUCUUUAAGCCAGACUACAAGAGCUCAGACUGUGCUGCUCUCUCUGUCUCUCUGCCUGGCAGUGUGCAGCUCUGUUUGUGUCUUUCACUUUCACUCUUCCAUUGUCAUCUAUCCGCACUCUUCUGCAACCAUCUCCUUUUCUUGAACCUAUUCCACAUUUCAUGAUCUAAUUUUUCCAUCUCCUGCUCUCUCUUUUGCAUUAUCCUUCUCCUCUUUCUCUCUUCCUCUCUCUCCUCUUUUCUGUGCCUCACACAGAGUAGCAAUGUGCAGCCAGAGGAGUUAGCUGUUAGCCUUAGCUGUAGGCUUUCUACAUCUUCCUCGAGAGGACAGCUUUUAGGGGUGACCCUGUCCAUCCCCAUCCACUGGCGACUGCCACUGCCCUCCACCUCCCCUCCUCCUCCCCCCUCCCCACCUUCCUCCGCAGGGUGGGAUGGGCAGGGGCUGGGUGAGUUAGCCGGGGGCUCGAGGGUUAGCAACAGGGCAGGAGAUGCCAGAAAGUAAAGGACGAGGACAAGGAGGAAGAGAUGGGUGCUCACAGGGCAGACGGAAGCUGAAGAAGGGAGGCAGCCGUUCAGCCAUCCCGGCACUGUUCACCAUCAAUGAGGAAGAGGAGGGACAGAAACGGAAAGAUGUGUGCAGGAGGAAGAAAAGAGGUAUGGGGGAAAAGGAUGCCAGGGGUGCAAAGUGGAGAGGGCUAUAAAUUUCCAUGUCCUGAUACUUUGAGCUAUGUUCAAACAAUUAGGUUAACUGAGCGAGAGUUAGGGAGGGGGUGCAUGAGCAAAGAAGACUGUGUGGAGUAAUCAUGGAGAAUUUAAGACGUGUAUGUUAGUAGGAUGAGGCUGAGGCGGGGGAGGAGGGGGUGUUGUUUGCUCUUGUUGAGGAAAAGUCCUCUCAACCCAUCAAGCGCAGUAAUCUUGAGACAUGUAGCUGACAAGGCUGAUGAAAGGGCUGUGUGUGUGUGUGUGUGUGUGUGUGUGUGUGUGUGUGUGUGUGUGUGUGUGUGUGUGUGUGUGUGUGUGUGUGAGAGAGAGAGAGAGAGAGAGAGAAUUUUGAAACCUGCUGACAAGGUAAGAUUGGGUCAACACAAGGGCAGCAGAGGAGAGUGAAGGUGUAGUUCAACUGGACACUUGGACAUUGUUAUAAUGCAUCAGUAAGCAGAGCGGUCAGUCAAGAUGACAGCAAGAUGUCUACAGUCAUUACAGCAGGGAUAGAAGUUCAAGCAUGUCCACUUGUCCUGUUUUCUGAGAGGAAAUACCUGCUUUGUUUUUUAUUCCUCCAGUACCUUUUCAUUCAGUGCUUUCCACGACUACCUUUGUGUGGUACUUGAAAGAUUUGUUUGAAGUUUCAUGUUUCAAGUUGUGAAGGUGCUAUUGAGUAAAACCACAGAGUUCUACUUCAUGACUGACUGACUGACUGUUUAUUCUUAGACUUUGAGGAGACAGACAGGCGAUCAAGACACCAAGUUGUCUGAUUUUAUCGGCUUUGACCUUAGUUUUUUCUUGUAGUUUCUGUCUCUGAUAAAUAAUAUAGAGAAGAGAUGAACAAGGAGCUCAUCUGACUUUUAAAUACUUCAAAAUAAGAUAUAUAAGAGCACUGGUUAUUGGAGUCUGUGUUAAGACUGUGUCCCUGUGUUAAGAUUCCCACUGCAUUCAGCAAUGUGCAGUAUUAUGCAGCUGUGUAGCUCUCAAGUACUAUCUGUCAUCAUCAUUCUGCACAGCUGUGGUGUUUAGUAGAGAUGCAGUGAUCCAUUUUUUUCAGAUCCAAUCCGAUUUAGAUAUUGAUAUCUGGGCUGAGCGUAUGGGAUGAUAUCCGAUACCAAUCCAAUACUACUGUUGAAUGAAUGAAUUGUAUAUCUUGCCCUGUGAUUGUAGACUUGACAUUAGCCUUGUUAAAAAAGGAAACAAAUACAGAUAUUAAUUUACUUAAUAUUUUUUGUCAACAAAUAACAAAUUGCACAUUAGCACACAGCAAAAAGAAGUAAGACUUCCAUGUAAACAUUUAUUGCAAAAGGAUAGACUGACAGAAUAUAGGGCGAACACAAUAGCUGUGUUGCUGUGUAGCUGUGUAUGAUAUUAAUUAAAAGAAAAAAAAGACUAGAUCAGAACACUGAAUCUGUGUCAUUCAUCAGUAAUCCGAUCCAGCUAAUUUGUCAAUAUUGGGGCCGAUAUCUGAUCCAAAUAUCGGAUUGGUGCAUCCCUAGUGUUACUGGAAGUCGUGUUGAUGAUGUCACCUAUCUGCUUAUGAAGCAGAGUUUUGGAGCCAAUUGAUGGUGAUUGCCAUAUUAGAAAUGGUGAGUCAACCAGAGGUUGGCCUUUAGUGUUGCUGCCUGUCAGUCAAGUCAGCUGUGCUUUUGAAACAAAGGUGGGAUGAAAUAUUCACUCCUUGUACUGUUUGUUUGCUGUUUUUUGAACCAGGCUGUAAACGUGUUUAUUUAUGCUUUAAAUUGACUUUUUUGACGUAAUGUGCAUGUGGUUUCCAGUGCUUCUGCAGUCAGCUUAAAGAGGGUGUUCAGGGAGUUUUCUGCACUUCCUCAUUGGCUUCAUUACCAAAGACUGGAGGUUGCAGCUAUAUGGGACAUAUACCACUGGAUUUACUGUUUGCCACAAGUUAGAUAAAAUUUGCACCACACCCUUUCACUUGUCACCUAAAGAGUCUCAUCAAUCAAAGCAGCUCUUCACAGGGUUGAGCCUCUCAAUGGGAUGUUACUUCUUCAAAUGUACGAGUGUGAGCUAAUGAUGGAGAAAAGGGUCCAACUGUGGAGCUGCUAGAUUUUGCUUGCCUUGCAAUGUGUGCAGAAUGUUUCUUUGAGCACCAUCUUUUGGGUAAAACACCAAGACACAAUAAAAAAAACCUUGUGAUUCAUUUUGUACCUUUGCUGUAUGUCAUCCCCCAACCUCUGCCCCCAUGUUUCAUGCCUCUGCUAUUCAACUAUCAUUUGCCCAAAUAUUCAAAAUAUAACUUAGAAAACGUCUAUGUUCCAGUUAUUUCCCUUUUAGUGUACAACACAGCUCUCAAACUACGAGAGCUUUGCAGUUUCCUCACAGGGAAAGCAGGCAUGUUCUGCUCACUUAAAACAUUAAUAAUAGAGAAGAGUAGACUGAGGGAAGAGGGCAAUGAAGAGAUGAUUGCAAGCUUGUGCAGUGAGCGUGCUCUUAGGAUCAAGUGGCUGCAAAGUUGUUUGACUCGUGCUUUUAUUUUGAAUAGCAUGUUAAAAUGUGUUUUUUUAAUCUGUUUGCAUUUAAAUAACCAACAAAUAUCAGAGAACAUGAGCAAUUGAGCUCAACCUCUACACCUGCUAUUAAAUUUAUGAGCUGUGAGCCGUGUUCAUCACUUUUUAUUUAUGCUUUAAAAGGAGUGAGGUCUUAGUUUGGUAUUCAGUGAGGUUGCACUAACUGUAAAAAGUCAUCUGUUUUUUAAAUGAGGUUGAGAUACGCUGAUCUUUCUUUACUUUACACCAUGAACACAAAUCCGAGUUUAUCCUCUAAGUGAUGUCUUCUGUCCAAUUAAGAAACCUCAGAUCAGUCUGAUUUUCCAGCUUUUCAUCAUUAGAUAACAAAGGAGAAGAUAAGACAGUAAUAUGCCAUAUCAAUUAAUUUGCAAAGUAUCUGGAAGUUGUAGGUUGAUUUUGGAUGCCUUCUCUUAUCUGUGGUGUAAUCUGCCCCUGCCAUGUGCAACAAACUGAGUCUCACCCUCCUCCCAGGCACCCAUCAUCCAGGCCUCACUGCCUAUCAUCAGGCUAAAAAGGAGUACUCCCCAUCCCUGCCCCCUUUGCCUCUCAGUUGGCCGGAGCUUAGCGUUUAGCUUAGCAUUAGCAGCAGCUAAUCCUCUCAGGAUGCAUGGGAGGUAGGAGCCACACAGCGUGCUCACCCACUACACACACUGGCCCGGUCAGCACGGCAUUAAUCGCCAACUCUGACCAUUUAAUCUGAGCGCCAGUGAAUGCAGAUAGAUGGGGGUGGGUAAGGUGCGUGCACAUACACACACACACACGCACACUGGCAUCGGGAAGGGAGGGGCAGAUUAAACAGUCACACUCUCCCUAUGUCUCACUCUCUGUCUCUGUUACGCACAUAUACACACACAAUUAUGGACAAAAGGAUGGGGGUUGGAGAGUCGCCACAACCUUUCUCACAUUAAGCGGGCUCGCAACGACAGUGACACUGUCUGCAGCUGACCCUCUUGGUUUUUUUCUCUUCUUGAGUGCCCCUAUACUCCCUUAAGUUUAGUUUUCGCCGGCCCACUUUUGGGUCAUCUGGAAUUUCUUCAUUUUGCUUCUUCUUUUGCCCCCUACCUACACCAUGGACUCUGGAUCCAGACUUAUCCUCUGCUGCGUAGGAUGUUGUCAGGAACUAGGAGCGCUGAUUCUGGCCCUCCAAUCUGACUAGUUGGAGUGGAACACUAGUCAGGGGUUAUACAUGUCCCAUCCUGGGAUUGACACACCUGGAGAUAUGAACCAAAACCCAGGUAAUGACUUGUGUUGUGAUCCAAAGAGUUCUGCCCACCGUAGAUUCAGCAAGAUGCAGGUUAGAGAGAGAACAUAUCAGGUUGGAUGGUCUGUAAGUAACAGGAAAGCGUUGUUUGGCUUUGUACGUCAUGUCAGUGAAAUUGAAAUCAAACCUGAUUUGGUGGCUCAUGGACAUAAAGCCUAGGCUUUAUACUUCAGUCCCACUAGUAACCAGAAAAUGAAGAUACUGCCGUAUGGAAAUGUGGCAGAAGGUAUUUGAAGUGUUUGGAGGUUCAAUGAUGCACAUUUAUCACUGAGAGUUAACACUUUGCUGCAAAUACAAAUGUCCUCAGCAUGUUUGCAGAGAUGAUUUAAUGGCUGUCUAAUGCGCAGGAGCAAAUACGAAUGCUGCUUUUUGAAGUUUGUUUGUUAAAUGGUCCCAGCAACAGAUGGCUGAGGCUAUUAGAAACGUCAGGAAGAAACAAAUGCACCAGAAGAAGAGCUCACUGCAGUUUUUGUUAAAGCUUUGUAUAUAAUGAUGUUUCAAUUUAGAUGGUGAAAGUCAGACAUUUUGUCUACUCAGAGCAUUUUAAAGGCAGAUGGUGGAAAUGUGGGUUUGUGAUUAUUACUCAAGUUGUGCAAAUGAACACUGACAUGAUAAGUAAAAUAGUCAAUAACUGAGAUGAUCCAAAAUGUUGCACAGUGCAGGAUUUUUACUGAUAUUUUUAAUAUGUUGAUAUUUUCCUGUUCAUUUUGACUGGUACUGAUAUUGAGACCAAGAUUGUUAUGGCUGACAAAAAGGAAUAAAAUCACAAAAAACUAAAAUGUCAGAAACUAAAACAAAUAUAAAAAUAAGGCUUUACUAAAACAUGAUAACUAACGACAGUGAUAUUGUAUGUUUGUAAAACAAACUACAAUGAAAUAGAAAUUAUGGGGAGACUGUCCUUCGUUUUCAUCUUCGAUACACAGAAACACCCAGGGAGCAGCGCCAGGUCUUAAAUUCUGGUUAGAUCAGCAGAAGUUUCACAUUAUUAUUCUAGAUUACAUUGGAUACUCUUAAACAGUCUUAAAUAGUUGACAACUCUUAGUUCAUCUGCUGGUUGAUGCUAUUGCUCUUCAAAUAUGAUCAUGUUUAUAUUUUGCUGUAGGCAGGGAAUUUGUAUAUAGGAUGCUGUUAUUCUGAUUCUGAUUUAAGGAGUUCUCCUGUCAUUGGUGAUCUGGAUGGAUUUAAUUGUUAUUUGUUUAUAUUAAAGGCAGAACAAGAGAGGCUUUGAAUCCACACUGACUUCACAGCAGAGAGAGAGUGGCACUCUACAUGGACAUUAUCCUUGAAAAGUUGUCUAGCUUAUACUAGCGAGUUGAGACCCUGUCUUUCACUGUAGUCCACAGAAUUCUCUGUUUAGUUGGAAUCCAUCUUGCUGAGCUAAAAGUUAGAUACUGGGGUGGGAUAUGCGCAGACAAGCAGGGGUGUGCCCAAACCUUUUUGACUGUGGUGGCCCAACCUAGGCAUUGACACUGCUCAGGUGGAUUGCAUUGGCCAUUCAGUUAAUUUUGGCAGAAGGCUUGCCUCCGAACAAAGUAAAUAACCGAAUUAGACACCAUGCUCAAUGUUUGGGGAUCAUGCCCCUGACAAGUAUCCAAUGUUACAAAAAACUAAAACUCCAAAGCUACAAAAAUGAAGCAUUCUUCAAAUAAAAAACAACUUAAAUUAAAAAUCCGGCCUGUAAUCAAAUCCUAACUGAAAUAAGAUUGAAAAAAUAAAAGUGAUAAAAGCCAAAGAAAAUUUCAAAAUUAUUAUAACCUUAAUCAAGACCAAUACAAACACACUUCUUGUGAAGUAAAGAAACCAAUUUGUCUUGUACAAGAAAAAUACAUUACUUCUACUCUUCUAUUACUAACCAAGACACACAACUCUAUUUUCUACGAUUUGUGAGUUUUCUUUGUCAAAUACAGACACACCAACAGUAAAGCCUCUGGUUCUGAUACUUGAGAGUACUUCCACACAGUUGAAGCUUGUCUUGAUGCAACCUGUCAUCAAAGGCCUAUAAUUAAUGUGUCACCUUAUCAGUUUAACAUGUCGGCAGACAUUUCCAUAUCUGCUGAUACUGAUGUUGUACAGAUAUCAUCAUGCAUCCCUAACUGUUCCCUAUCUUUGCUGUAAUGCUAUUCAAUCUGCAUUAUUGGACGAUUUUGGAAAGUACCAAAGCUUAUGAGAAAGUCACAUUUUCAACCCAAAACUGCUUUGAUAGAACGAGACAGACAGCAGCGGAAGUGAAGAAGAGCACCACUCAUGGAGACAAAGCAGAGAAACAAUUUAUCAAAUAUUGUCAGUAACUUUUUGAACCUGCAAGCCUGUAAUGUUUGCAGUGUGGUAAUAAAAAAUCCAAAAGGUACUCAUUGUAGGUUCUCAGGAGGCAUCAGUAUCAUUAGAUUGUUACUAAUAGCAUAUUUGACUAAAGAAUGUGGCUAUUGUUACAACCCUUGUGAUAACUGAGCCGUUCAAACCCUGUUCUGCCUCAUCUAAAACUUGGAGCCACAGGGUGACCUUUGACCUUGUCUGACCCUUUUUUAUACUGGAUCAAUUCCAUAGCUUUCUGUUUAUUUGGCCCAAUGUGUGGGAAACCAGGGCCAGGAAAGGGCACAUCCAGUCCUCGUUUUAAGAUCAGUCAGAGUUAGACUGCCAGUGAGUACAGGUAGAGCAAAACUGGAAUGGCUGUAGGGCUGUAAAUGAGAUGUUUUACACACACACACACACACACACACACACACACACACACACACACACACACACACACACACACACACACACACACACACACACACACACACACACCUCUGUCAUCAUGUCAUCAUUUGACAUCCAUUAACUGCCUCUGUGGUUUCCACUUUAUCAGAGUAUGGUGUGUGUGUAUGUCUUGUGUGCGCACACUGAUAAGAGGACAUCCGGCUGUUAUUCAAAAUGCUACAGUAAAGCAUGAGUGUGAUGUGAAUGUGAACUGCAUUGUAAGUUGUUCAUAAUGUACUUUAGCAUGUCUUCAUACAUGUCUAGUACCAUUUCAUUUCCACUCUGUUAUCCAAUUCUCCCUCUCCUCAUGUCUCAUGUUUAAAUGUCUCUGUGCCUUUCUUCUUUUUCUGUAUCUCUUUGUGUUUCUUUCAGAUUCUCAAAGAUAAAAACUGCUUUUGUCUUUGUAAUCUAAAAUGAUCUGUUACUUUCUGCGAGUGUUGUGCUCUUAGUUCAAUGUACAAAUUGUGUUUGUGUGUUCUUUGUCAUUUUUUCCCCACUAAGAGCCGAUUUAUGUUUCAUCUUCUUGAUCCUUGAAGCCAUUCACAAUUUUCUCAUGCAGCUUUUGAUUGCGUUGUAUUCCUCUCUGAAUGAGCCAACGUUUUGUUCACAGAGGGAAUGAGUAGAGUAGACAUUUUUUUUAUACCGGCCCAGUCCUUCCUGUUGUAACAAUAGCCAUUAUAACCAGUCAAAAGGUUGGUGCACCUGAAGCAGACUGAGUAAUACUUGUGCACGCACCUCUGUAGACUUCCCAUUCAGAGACUGUGACAUGCUAUACCUCCGCAACUAUGACCUCAUGUCUUUGUUGAGCACAAAAAACAUAAAAUGUCACAAUGUUUGAGGGUGAGGACAGCAUUUGCAGUUAAUAUUUUCUAUUUUUUUUUCUUAAAAUGAGGUUGCAGGUGAAGCUCUGAUUUCAACAUUUAAACACAAGGCACACUUGAGUUUGUCCCUUGCAACAUAAGAAAGUUCACUCUGGAUAUGAAACUUGCCCUUUGCUCCUUCCUUCACCUGCACCAUUAAUUAUCCCACAGAGCUAACAUGCCAGUGAAGCGGGAAGAUAAGGACACCAUGUAUAAGGAUUUAAGAAUAGGGUGUGUAGUAGGGCUGGGUGAUUUAGCCUCAGAUCAAUAUCACGAUAUAUCGAGCAGUUCACCUCGAUAAUGAUAAAUGAACAAUAACUACUCCCCAAGCUGCUAACCCCCUCUUGCAUUAACUUUGUCUACUUCAGCCACUACAACUUUUGAACCGUCUUCCAUCUCCUCACCUGUCUUUCCCUCUUUGUUAUGGACUGGAUCAGGUGGAGUCGCGUCUCCGACGUAGGACAGCGUCUUAAAGGGACAUGGGAUCAUAGCCUACCUACACACAUCCAAAACCAACUUUUAUUUAUGACACAGAAUAUAUUGACGUGGGCAAAAUGAUGUUGGUUAUUGUCGUAAAUUGUGGUUUAUUGUCCAGCCCUGGUGUGUAGCCAGUGCUAUUUCAGUCGGGGGUCUUGUUAUGUAGUUCUUCACUUAAAUCUCCGUCAGGAGAGAUUAAUUGAUGGUCUCAAUGGAGUUUUAAUUUGUCCUUUUUGCACAACUGUGCAGAUAAGACAUGUUGUAUUCUGAGUAUAUAUUAGCACAGAAUGGCUUGAAAAAUUUGAACUUUUUUUUCUUUUCAAGUUUAAAGAAAAAAGAUUAUGGUGCCAAUAUAAAAAAAAAUAGGACAUGACCAACAAAAGUUGUGUUGUGCAAAAAAUAUGGAAUGUAGCUCAACUGUUUAGGUUAAUUUGUAACAGGUUAGUGACUAGAUUGUGUUUAAAAAGGGUAAUUCAGGGAGGCUUAAGUCAUAGGCACUCUGUGAGAGACUGUGUGAGCAGCACACAGUUCAGUGACCGCAGAAUAAUGUUCCUGUGUGUAAAAUUGCAAAGAAUUUGGGGAUUUUAUAAUUAACUCUGUAGAAAGAGACAAGGCUGUAAAGCAAUAGAUUGUUGGUAACUGUGGGCCCUCAAGUUGCACCGUAUUGUAAACAGAUAUGUCUCUGAAGUGGAAAUCACUGCAGAGACAUAUCUGUCCAUAAACACUUUUUUUCGCUGCAUUCACAAAUGUAGUUUAAAACUGUACAAUGUGAAAAGAAAACUGCUGAUAAAUAUGAUCUAGAACUACAGGGGACUUUUUCGGACCUGAGCCCAUUUAAGAUAAGCUGUGGUGAAGUGGAAAACUUCCCUGUCGUCUGAUGAGCCAAAAUUUGACAUGCUUUUUGGAAAUCAUGGAUGCCGUGUCCUUCAUUUUGAAAAGGGGGGACCACCGGACUUGUUAUUGUGGACACAGUUCAAAAGCCAGCAUCUGUGGUGUGAUGCAGAUGUAGAGGCGCCCUUUACAUGAAGGUUUACACUCCUAGGAAGGUACCAUUAAUGCUGAGCACCACAGACAGGUUUGGAGCUACAUGUGCUGCCAUCUGGACAUGAACAUUUUCAGGGUGGACCUUACAUAUUUUUGCAGAAUGAUACCAAACCAGACUCUGUAUUGUAUUUCAACAGCAUGGCUCUGUAGUAGAAUCAGGGUUUUACAACUUUUUUUCUCUCCAUGGCAAUGUUAUAUCAGACCAGGCUCAUCUUUUGCUGCAUAACUCAAUGUUAAGCCUUGUGUUUUUGUCCAGGAGGCUGAACUGAAAGUGCUGAGUCACCCUGAGCUUGAUAAUGUCAUUAAUCAAUAGCCAAGCUCUGAGCUGAGGGGAAGCACUGCAACAACCUGGGAGAGUUUGAAGAGGGAACACAGUAUAUGUUAGCACAGUUUUGUGUCCUGUCAGAUUACACUGCAGAGACCCUCAAUGUUGCGAACAAUUCCAUUUUUUCUGCCCUCAUUUCUUGAUCUGUUUUUGUCACUGAUGCUUGUUUUCAUCACACACUGUGUCAGUAAUAGAUGUAGCUGCUAUGAUGCAGGUUUUGCAAACAGCCAUGCGCUCUGCACCAGCUGCUUUCAUUAUCUGCCAAAUGGGGUAGUGAGUACGAAAUCAGCUCAGAACUGCUAAUUAUCAGACAGUGUUUUUGUGGAAAAUAGUGGACAUGCUGCUCAUUUUCUAGCAUCUCUAUUUGGAGAGUGGCAGGUGAAUAAGCACUAAUGAAUAACUAAGAAUAAUUGGUCUGCUCAUCAGUGCAGCUGGCUUUACUCUUUAGGGGGUAAACACUGAAAACAAUCCUCACUACACAUAAUGCACUGGCCAAUAAAUAAUGACUAACAAACACUCCAUUAGCUGUGCAGUGAGCACAAAAAACAAGAGGUAGAAUCUGUGCUAAAGAACAAACUCUGGCUUUGUCAUGGAGUCUAUCACGUGGUUAUUGUUUAUUAAAAGAAAUCAAUGUUUUGAAAAGUUUCUUUUUUUUACUUAAGUUUUCUGGUUUGUCUCUCCUUCCAGCGUCUUCCUCCCAUUACAAAUCAGAUGAUGGAAGAACAUCAUCAACUACCCGGCCCAGCUCUGCAGGCUCCGGGCAGGCCUACACUCCCACCCUGACCCCUAACACCACCCCUACACUGACUCAAACCACAACCAGCAACAGCCCCAGCAACAAUGCUGCUAUCAAAGCAGGUACGCUUUGUCUGUGUAAGGGGGAAAUAACGCUCUGACUGAAACUUUAUUUCACUGAGAUUGAAUACAGUAACAGUUGAGUCUUAAUGAGAAGUUGCCUGUGCUGGUUUUCUUGCAGACUCAUUGCUCUUCAACAAGAUUGACGAGAGACAGAGGUUAGCCCGCGAGCGCCGCGGGGAGCGUGAGAAACAAAAUGGUGUGUCCACUUUUCAGUAUGUGUGUGCGUGUGUGUUAACUGUUUAAGCGUCAAAGGCUUUAAAUGUAUGUCUCACUUUCUUUGUUGUCCUCACCCUGGCGUAUUAUGGCUGUACUUGGUUGGUAGCUGUGGUGAAGGGCCCGUUUCUGUGGUCGUUACAUAAAAAUCUAGGCUGAAGCCAGACACCCCUGUUGCCAUGGCACUGAUGUUAUAUAAUAGGUCAGGCCAUGGGACAGGGUUAAGGGGGGCUGCUGUUUCAAACCUGUUUUUGUGGUUGUUUGUGAUGAAUGUACCACAAUAGAUGGGUUUUCCAGAAUGAUGGUCUGUGUGAGUUUUCACUGCUGAAGUGUGUUUGUAUCUGUAUCAUCACUCGGUCGUCAAACCUCUGGCCCCAGCUGAAGGGCUGAGGGAUUGAAAGCUAAAGCCAAGUCACAUGAUCUACAGCUGACCUACCACUGCUGUUAUAAGCCUGUGUGUUUAUGUGUGUGUGUUUGUGUGUGUGUGUGUGUGUGUGUGUGUGUGUGUGUGUGUGUGUGUGUGUGUGUGUGUGUGUGUGUGUGUGUGUGUGUGUUUACGAAUAUAGACACUUUUAUUUCUCUUUUUAGCCUGCUAGCACGCGCAAACAUACUAAUGCAUUUGCAUCAAAUCGCUGUUGUGUGUGUGUGUGUGUGUGUGUGUGUUUGCGCUUGCUUGUUUGUGUUUGUGCACAAUGCCUCAGCUGCAAAGGAGGCCGAGUGGCAGGCACGUGAGGAACGAGCCAGGCAGCACUAUGAGAAACACCUGGAGGAGAGGAGGAGAAAGCUGGAGGAGCAGAGGAUGAAGGAGGAGAAGAGACGGGCAGCUGUGGAGGAGAAACGACGGCAGAAACUGGAGGAAGACAAGGUCCCACAACUAAACACACAUGCAUGCACACUUUUACUACAACAACAUAGUGCACGUCCUUUAUGAACAGGCUAAUAGAUAUCGGUUUGGAGUUAACCAUUUACACGCUGUACGCCCCCUCCCACUUUUGUCAGGUGGAGUUUGAACUUUAUUGCCAACUUCUAUCUGCCCUCUUGUACGAACAUGAUAGACUUCAGGAUGUGGUGUUUGUGUUGCACUUAAUAUGGUGUAUUUUUUUGCUUUUUUGUUUGUUUGUUUGAAAGCUAUUAAAUAAAUUAGAAUUUUGGUUUGGUAAUGAGGCCAUAUGGUGUCCCCAACAGAUGAAAUUGAAAGGCCCUGAUUUCUGUCAAUCAAGCAAACCUGCUUCAAAAGCCACAGGACUUUCAUCCAGUCUUGCUGCAGCUUUCUUUGUGUGGUAGUGCUCUUUCUUUGGAGCUGGGUUGUUGAGUCCAGUGUAUUUUGGAGCGUGUCCCCUUAAAGGAGCAGCAGGUUUCCUGUUUAGAAGUCAGUGAUUGCCUCUAAGAUGAACAGGAUGUCCAGCUAUUGUUGAGUUGUGAAUUUAAUGGGCACUGGAACAGCAAUUAGUCAGACGUUCACAGUAACUGCAUUAGGGAUAGGAAUUGUUAAGAAUUUAGCGAUUCCAAUUUCAUUAUCGAUACUGCUUAUCGAUACGAUUCCUUUCCAAUUCUCAUUGAGUGAGAAAUAAGAUAAUACAAAUGGGUUUGUUUGCAUUAAUUCUUUAAUAUUGUCACCUUUGGACAGAAGAUAUGCCAUAUUCAUGCACUUAUAAUUUGUUAUGUGACCACAAAUCUGGUCACAGCUCAGGUGACAUUCGUUCAUCUUUGCCUCUGUCAUUUUACUCUUCCCUGCCUCGAUGGAAGAGGUUGCCAAAGGUGUGCCAGAGCUACCUGCUGCAGCCUCUAAGCCAGCGUGAGAGCCAGCCUCUGAGCUAGUAUGACUCUGGCGGUCAUCGUCAUCUAAAUGUAAUUAAAGGAAAUGGAGAGUAUUUAUAAAGUGAAAGAGGGUAAACGUGGCGCUAACAUCUACACAACAGACAGGAAAUUGAGGAGUGAAACAUUACCCUUAGCAUUUAAAGCAGAUGAUGCCGCGACGUUAGCUCUGCUCCUGCUUUUGCCUGUACCAGUCUUGCCUUCACUAAGUAGCGUAUCAAACAUGUUACACUUCAGCAAACUAAUUGCAUGCUGAGUGGACAAAUGUUCGGCAUAUCGGAAGUCUUUCCCCCCUUCAACAAAAUUAAAGCUUUGCAAGUGCAGCAAGUAGCCCAAGUAUCAUCUUUUGGUGUGAAAUCCUGCCAAACGCAUGACGCCAGUCUGUAAAGUUCUGAAGCAAAACACACUUCUUGCAUACUACAUCAUCACGCAUAAAGACGUGAGAGGAACCGAUAAACAGAAUCAUUAAGGAGGCAGACAAACAAUUCUUAGGGAUCUAAUCACUGGGACAGGUUCUAAAAAAUAAGAACUGGUAAUUGACUCUCUCAUCCCUAAACUGCAUGUUGAUGACUUUGUAGCAACAAAGCCUUCUUGAGGGUAUAAAAAAAGGACUUUUAAAUAUCUGGACUUUUGAUCUACAGCGUUAUCACGUUUCUUUAUGUCAAUAAAUCUGCCUUCAAAGAAAAGAAAAAUGCGAGAAUAAAUCCUCAGACGGUAUUUUUGGCAAACUGACCCAUAUGCAGCACAAACCUAUUACAUUUGCAAGAAGUUAAAAUCUGGAUUUUUUUAAUUAGUAGAGAUGCAAACAGGUCUUCGAGGGAAAACCCUCACACAGUGGUCAAUUGGCCUGGCUAGGCUAGGGUAAAAAUAAUACUAAUCUUUUGCAGGAAAAUGUAUUGUUACAGUAACCAAAAUCACAGUCAGACAAAAUGACUAGACAGACAUUUAAGCACAUAAAAGUUUUCAAGAUGAGGUUUCUGAGUUCAAAUUUUCAAACUGAUAAAUUUUUGGUACAGUAUAAACUGGCCUGCUCCCUUAUUAUGACAUUCAGCAUCGGCUGUUGAAAACUGUAAUAAUUUCACCACUAAAAUGUCCACAGGAAUGCCAUUCUCCAAAUGUUUACGACACUGAACAUCAGCUACCCUACUUUUAUAUGAUCCCAUACUUUCAUUCUGAGAAAGCUGCAUAAUCCUCAAAGGCGCUUCCUGACAGUAGACAGUUGUCCAAACAUUAACACACCGAUAAAACUCCAGCCAGAGUAACACCUUUCCAGAGAGCUGCAGCAUUAUCUCUCUCUGUGUUUUUUUAAGUGCUGAUGGCCGACUUCAUGUGUCAUUAAUGUUAUUUUUGUGUCUGAAGGCUCGUCACGAGGCGGUGAUUCGUCGAACACUGGAGAGGAGCCAGAGAACCAGACAAAAGUCUAACCGAUGGUCUUGGGGAGGAACCCUGCACCCAAACACUACCAGCACACCAGCCGGUACUUUCACACACAGCACACCUUGGUGCAUCCCCCUCCCACAGUCAUUGCAGUGCAGUGUGUGUUCAGACAGGCUGUCUUUUUGUUGUAUUGUUGAAACACUUUGCCUCCUGAAUGUAUCAGUGCUUUCAGGUUUAUUGAAUACUAUUGAUAUCUCAUCUCCCUGAUGUCUAACCGAGUGUCUCUUGUGUAAAUAUGUCUGCUUGCUGCUGCGUGUCAAUAUUGUUCUGCCAUGUUUGCAUUUGAACUUUUCAGAUCCCCGUUCCCUCUGUUGUUACUGCUGACUCACACCCUGCUCUGCCUCUCCCUCUCUCCCUCUCUCUCUCUUAUUCUCAAACUCGACCUCUCUCGCUCACUUUCUCUCUCUCUUUCUUCACCCUCGUAUCUUCCUCUUCCUCCUCUCUGCUCUUUGUUUCUCUGCCUUUGCCCCUUCCCUGGUCCAGGUUUUGUCGAGUCGAUUUUCCACUGUCCAUUCGACCUUGCUGGACUGGAGCACAUGCAGGGUGCUCUCAGUCUCUACCGCAGAUAUGGAAUGACCUCUAAAUGUGAAUAUGAUAAAAAUGUGUCAUUUAGCCAGCCAGUGUUAGACCGCUGGCUCUAGUAUUGUACAUGUACGGCGCUGUUCUAGCUCACCUGCAUUAGUGUGUAUGUAGGCCAAUGUGAGAGGCAUGAUUAGUGAUCCAUGUAGCGGUCCAGUUUGUAUCUUUAACUUAUCUCCUAAGACACAGACUCUGUCCUUAAACCACUUUAGCUUUUAAACCAUUUUAGUUUCACUUUUAGAUGACAUAAAGCUCUAAUUCAUUUUCUAAGUUUUUCCCCUUUAGCAACACGUUGGUCGUUUCUCUAACAUCAUUUAACAAAAAUAGUUUAGAGGCGAGCACUUGCUACCUCAGGCUAUUAAAACUAUGACUUUUCUUUUGUUGUUUCUUCUCUCUUCUUCUAGAUGCUGACAGACGGUCAGUUUCCACAAUGAAUCUAUCAAAACAUACGGACCCUGUCAUCUCCAAACGUCUCUCCUCCUCCUCUGCCACACUCCUGCACUCUCCAGACAGAGGUAAUAAGUCUGAUCAUUGUACUCAAACUCAUGUUAGUAUCAAUGUGUGACAUCGGACUUUGCCAGCAUGCCAUUUGUGUUUGUAAGCUGAUCUUUUGUGACAGUGAAGUGGCUCGCUGAUGUCUCUUUAAUUUUUAGACUUUAUAAAAUGCAGACAGCACAGCACCUCCCACAAAGUGAAGCUAAAACAUCUAGAGCUUCCCCUAGAGUCAGUUUGCAGUAUAGAUCUUUAAACUCCUCUGUUAUAACAGGUGGCGCAUGAGUCGAUGUUUUUCUUACAGACAAGUUUUAAAUAGUUAAAUGAUGUGAAAAACAAGGGGUGGGACAUCAUGAUCGACAGCUCUAUCAGCAAAUGUGGUUCUUUAUCAAAUUAUCAGAGCAGAAAGGGAACAGUGAAAGAAAAUUAUAACUUUAUUGGAAUGACACUUAUAAAAACUGAGGUGUACAAAGUACUUUGAAAGUUCACAUAAAGAAAACAAAGUGUUAAAGAAAAAAACAACAGCAAGAUAGAAACCCAUGAAAAUUCACCAAAACAUAAUAAGAACCCAGAAAACGAAAAAAGAAAUCAAGAGCAUGUUAAAUCAAGCUAAGAAACACUUCAUAAAAACCCAGAGUAGUCUUGUCUAAUAGUCUUGCGUUGACUUUUGUAAUGCUCUUUUCAUGUGUUUUUACAAAAAGGCUGUACAUCACCUUCAAACUGUACAGAAUGCCGCUGCAAGGCUUGUAACUGGAUCCACAAAAAGGGACCAUAUCGCCCCAAUUUUCUAUUCCCUUUUAGGAUUCAUUUUAAGAUUCUAGUACUUGCAUUUAGAGCCCUCCAUGAUCAAACUCCCUUGUACAUCACUGAGCUACUGAGACCCUAUUCCCCCUCACGUUCAUUAAGGUCAUCAGACCAGAAACUCUUGAUGGUCCCUCACACCCGUUUUAAAACACGAGGUGACUGCUCUUUCCAGGCCAGUGCCCCUCGCCUUUGGAAUGCACUACCUUUGACCUUGCGCAGCAUAGAGUCUACUGAACGUUUUAAGAGGAAACUUAAAAAAAAUCUUUUUCGACAGGCUUUUAACUGAUGUUGAUGUUGUGAGGCCUCUGUGAAGUAGCCUGUAUCUGUACCGUUAUAUGUAUUGUGUUGUGAUCUUUGUAUUUUAUCGCAUUCUAUCCUUGUUGUAAAGCACUUUGUGAAUUUAUCUAUGAAAAGUGCUAUAUGAAUUACAUUUACUUAUUUGCUAAAAUAAACCCCAAACAAACUGAGCAACGCAGGAACUAGAGUACUUAUCUAGAGGACCAGAAGUGAAUAAGCAUAAAGAAACAAAUAAACAGGGUAGAAAUCUAGAGGGAAAACAAAGAGCAAGUCUCAUAAGUGCUUUAAAAGUGAUGAGUAUAAUCUUUAAAUCAAGUAUAAAAACCUACAAGAACACUAAAAAAACUGUGUGUACCAACCUGAGGGAUCUCUGUUGGUUACAAUAUGUGUCGACAGCGCAAUUUGUCAGUGCCAAUUAAGACUGUAUUUUGGCUUCACUUUAUUACAGUGGGGGGAGAUAGAGGUGUGCUGUCUGAAUGAAUAUACGGGUUAUUUACUUUAUUCAUUGACAAUAAUACUGACAGAAAUAGUAUUAGCCUUCACUGGCAUCACUUUUAAGGCUUCAUGGUUAAUCUAAAACAAUAACACAGUUCGACACUCAACACACGUUCAUGACAAGUUUUGGUCAUGGAGUCGGUCAGGGCAGGAGUUUUACAGGUGCUGGAGACUUUAGCUCAGAAACGGUCCAGCGUAUAACCUUAUAAAAACACAGCAUGUGUCACUUGUGCUUAAACACGACUAAACCAUUAUCAUUCUAUAUAUCCUUAUGUUAAGACAGAUAUAGCAGUGGCAUUGAUCCUCUUAUACAACAACUCUGGUUUAAUAAGACUGUUUAAAGUAAUCAUGUGAGGUUUUUCUUGUAGUGUCUGAGUGCUAAUUUCCCGCAAAUAAGAUUAUAUGCUCUUUAAUGUCUGUAUGUUACUAACAGGCUUACACAUGAGAACAGCAUCCUCUCCUGUUAUAAGCAAAGCUCAGUCCAAAUCCCGCCUUCACCAAGGAAAGACGCCCCAGCACAAAAACACAGGUGUCUUAUGAGAAUGUUUUGCAGUUUGGUUCCUCAUAUUAUUUAAAAGACACACAUUCCUGCAAAGCAGAAAAGGUCAUGGGCUGAAAACUGUCAAGGAAAUACCGAACAAUCACAGCGUGUGCCGAUUCAUAUAAACUGAGAAAACACUGAAUUUGAGAAAGAUUCAUGAAGCUGCUUUCAAUCUGGAGGAUUAACUCUGCUCUAUUUUUUGAAAGGAAAUGUAAAAGUCUGUGUUUACGAUUCAGUCAUACAUGGAUUUUCCACAUGGCAAUGACAUGUGUCAUACAUGUUCAUGUGUCCGCACUUCUGUGUGUUUUCACCAGAGGGAUCAAGAAUUUUUUCCCCCACUGGCGUGACCCCUUUCACUAAUCCUCUGUUGGAUAAUCUUUUUGUUUUUGUGGGAACACUUGUGCUGUUUUUAUCCAAGCAGAACAAAAUUCAACACCCACAUUUCAACAAACAGAUGAACUCAUCAUUGUUGACAUAAAAUUAUAUCGUGGCAAAGUUAAAGCCGCCAAGACAAACUCUGCACACCCCUGAACAGAUCAACCCAGAAACCGGUCAUUGCUGGAGAGAAACUUGGAUUCCUUUGCACAGUUUUCAGCCCAGUUGCAUCUUUGCCCCUCACUCUGUAACCUGCAACCUUGAACUCUACUUCUUUAGCGGAGCGCAGCGCUGCAUGUGUUGCCUGAUAAACUGGUUUUUGCUGGUUGUGGUUAUCAUGCAUAUAAUUAUGGCAUGAUGCGUUUUCCACGACUGGUCAAUAAGCUAAAAAUCACCUCCAGUAUGCAAACAUCCUUACUCAGGUACCAAAACUCUGCAUGGCAAAACAAUACAAAAAAUUUACUGAAUGAUUAACUGGAUUAAUUUCUUCAAACGAGCUGAAAAGAAGAGUCUUCUCUCUAAAUGCAAAUGCACUGUGUCCCUUUUUCUGUUUGAAUGCUCUCCUGCCUGUGUUUGCUCUUGGUUUUGCACUCUCCGGGCUGUUUGCUCCUUCUCGUAAUUAACAAACUGGUGCAUGCAGGUGUAGGUGUAUCAGAGCAGCUUGUGCAUGUUAACCACGUUACCUUAGUGCUCGCCUACACUGCUGUGGAGUGCAAAGGAAGGAAUGAAACAAAUGCAGGAAUUAUGCAUCAUUUAUAAUCUGCUUGACUGGCUGCUUCGGCUAAUCGGUGGCCUGUAAUAGUUUUAGCAGUUAUGAAACUUGACCUGUGUGUGUGUGUGUGUGUGUGUGUGUGUGUGUGUGUGUGUGUAUCCAGGCUUGCGCCGUCUUCCUUUGACGCCAUGGGAGAGCAAUGUGGUCAACCGUUUGCAGCAGCCGACUCACUCCUAUUUAGCUCGUAGCCGCAGUGCUAUGAGUCUGUCUGGAGAGCAAACAGGUAAUGUAUACACACUGUACAUAGUCGACGCCCCCCUGGGUCACAUGGUCAGAAGCUAAGGUGUACACAAAACUACAAAUCCCACACUUUAGACGGAGUAGUCCUUAUGUUGUUUAUAUUUUGCCCUCUUUGGGUAGCUGGAACAGUUUUGGAUGUUAAUCAGAUUUCGACAGACUUAAAGCAUUACACCGUCUGAAACUUCCUAUCACCAGUCUGUAUCAGGCACCCAAAGCUUGCUCACACACACAUACAGACACACACACACUCAGGUCUAAACAAGUAAGCUGUUUAGGGAAGCACUCACCUAUUGAUGGGGUCAAAGCGCAAAAGUCUGGACCUUUUUGCAUUCUCAAAAGACUUAUUAACACAGCGCCUCUUGCCCUCUGAUUUCAUGCCCAGAGUGUGCAUUAAAAUCCUGUUGUAGUAUGAAAACCUCUGUCAUUCAUAUUGUAAGUUACACCAGAUAUAAAGUGUUUGAAAUAUGGCCUCAUAUAGAUCAUGAAAACUAUUAGCAGUUUGUAAGUUUUUCUCUUCUUGUACUACGAGCAAACCUAAAACAUGAUGACAGCAUUUGUGUUCCCCCUUGAGUGACGCAGGGAGUUCAAAUCAGAGGCUACAGUGUGAGGAUAGUGAAUACACAGCUCAGGAAACAUCACAAUAGACCACUCCAGAUUUUCAGUGUUUCUGUAUUCAUGGUAGCAGUUUCAUUCCAGUGUCUGUGUUUACCUAAAAGCCAUCAGACAAAGCCAAGCUGCCCAAAUAUUUGCAUCAAAAGAGGCCCAACUUCAUCCUUUGGCUAUGUGAAAAACUGUGAAAAAUUAAGCAAGUUUUUUUGCCUUGUUUUUUUAUUUAUCUUCUUUGAUUUUCUUAAAUAUUCAAAGGUAAAUCUAGAAAUUAAUCUCAUUUGAAGAGAAUGUAAGCAAAAAUAAGGCCUGAAUUAAAAAAGAAAAAAAAAAUCUGCUGGUGGGGUAAGAAGUAUUUACUCUGCUGUAAGAGGAACUUUGGUUGAUAUUGGUUUUGGCGCCCCCUGUUGGCAAAGUGAUACCUCUUAUUUCAUGUCCUGUUCUUUCAAAAAGUAUUGUUUUCAGACAAAGUUUGAAUAUGAAAUAUAUCACUCACUGUUAGUAUUUACUGUGAAAAUAAUCUAAGAAGGCUGUUUCUUCAGGCUGCUGUCAAUCAUCUGGUCUUAAACCCACCCCCUCACAAGCAUUAAGCACCUACCUCCUCAAGCGUUAAAAAUGACAACAGAGAUUAUAAAUCCUAUUAAUGAUGGUCUCAUUUGUUUGUGAAGGUCAUUGAGAGGCCUUAGUCAGGGUUUCAGCUUAUUACUCUACCACUUUCAGUAAAUUUCACUGACUGUCUUGACUCAUUACGAGAAAUAACAGGCCUGUUUUUGCUCGUAAUGGUACCUAAAUAAAAUGUGUAACUGUUGUUGUCUGAUUGAUCUGGCUUAUGCAAAGUCUGAUGUGAUAUUAGACAGAUACAUUUGUUUAGUUCUGAAUUUUCACAGUUUGUGACAAGAUGCAAAAAUCAGCUCUCUGAGUUUCAAAAAUGUUGUUUAGAAAGGAACAGUAACCUGUUCUCUUCUUCAUAAUUUCAAUCGUUAAAAAAAUCUUCACCCUUCAUUUCCUGCAGAAAACAUUUAUGUGAAAGUUGGGAAGUUCAAGUAAAUGUUGUUUACAGCAAAACAGAACUGUUGAUUUUACUCAAGCACAAACAGAUGAUUAGUAGAACUGCAGAAAGUCAUGCCUGUGGAGGUCUCCUGAUUUUUGUGUUAUUUCUUGGGCUGGUGUUCCCCUGUCUUUGUGGGCUAUCCUGCACAGAAGGGCUUGAUUUCUCUGUUGCUGAGCUUCACGGCCAUGUUGGUAAACACAUUCAGACAAAUAUCAGUUCACUUCUUUUUGGACUGAUCGGUAACUGUGAGGACAAUGAAGAAUACUGGGACAAUAAAGAGAGACUACAGAUGCACUGUAUGUAGUCUGCCGGUUUCAAAAGCUGUAAUCUUGUCAGUUGCCGACCAUUUGAGAGGCUAUAACAUGAAAACAUUUACAUCAUAAUAUCAAUCAAAUUCCCUAUGUUGACAUACAUUCAGCAGAAGAUUAAUUGUAAAGAUUUUUUUCUGCAUUACAGCUUCAAUAUGUAGCAAAAAAAUACAAAAAGAAAAGUGUAAGAGUCCACACUGACACACACAACAUCCUGUAUCUUCUUUCUUUUCUCUUCUCACCUUUUAUAUAACAUUUUCUCUAGCGUGUGUGGUGGUGCAAGUCUUGCUUGUGUUUUGGUGCAUAUCCACUCCUCAUGUGGUGUCGGGUCUGAUCCAUUCAUAGUUUGUAGUUUUUUUUCUCACCACUCUCUGAAGAAGUAAUGCUUUGGUUUUCUUAGUUUGUUUUUCUCUAACCUACGGCUCCACUAAACCCUUCUCUGAAAAGCAAAACAGUAAUUUCUCUGAACUCUAUAGAGAUGCUGCUGCAAAGUGUUAACAGUAGAGCUUUCCGUAGUACUAACGGCUCCUUUCUUUUCUCUUUUCUUUCCACCAAACAUCCUCUUUUCAUUCCUUUAAACCGCUGCUUGUCACCCCAAACUCUCUGCUUCCUUGUAUCAAUCCUGCCACUCCCUCCUCUACUUUCCAAUCAUCCGCUUUGUGCUCGAACCAUUCCAACCAUUCCAUAAAUUCUCACACUGCUCUGAUCCAUACCUUCCUGAAAACACUCCCACCCUGUACAUCACUGUAGCCAUGCCUGUGUGUCCUCGCUCAGUGUCCUGCCACCCCACGGGCUCCAUGUCCUUCAAGACCCUGCAGGCUCAGCCCCUUCCUCACUGCCGCAGCCACGACAGGAGCCUGAGCAGGGAGACGGCCUCGUCUUCCUCUAAGACGCUCCGCAGGAAGACCACGGGCAGCGCACAUGUGAGUGAUGUCUUAACCCAGCAGCUUUUUUUGACUAGAAACUCAACUACACCAUGAUCAGCACUUAUCAUUUAUAAUGCACUUGCAGUUAUGUUCUUUAGCAUGGCUCACACGUUCAGUAAGUCACCCCAUUUUACCCCUUCUUCUUCUCCCCCUGUUUAACUUUUUAUGUUGACGUUGUCCCAGAUCAGUCAGACACAAUGCAUCAGUGUCUCUGUCUAGAUCAGUUCCUAACACACAGAGAUGGGCUGGCACACACACACACACACACACACACACACACACACACACACACACACACACACACACACACACACACACACACACUGUUCCUACUGUCCAUCUGUCUGCCACCACAGAGUCACAGAUUAAACCAUUAAGGUCUUAGAAGGACUGCGUCUUUAUACUCUAAACAAGGAGCAAAGGACACAUGCGUGGUCCUCACAUAUCGACAAACCCAUUCAUCAUCAACUCAUGAAGUCUCUUUACAUCAAACUACACAAACACGACAGAGCAAGUGCUUUGAGUGCUUUGAGAGUUUGCAACAAUAGGGUUUGAUGUCAGUCUGGUGGUUUGAUGCCAGAGGUUAUAUUCUGCAACAGGAAGGCUGACUGAGUCUAAUCCUGUUUCUGAUCAUCUUCUGCUGCCGUCAGUCAGGCACAUGGCUCCUGGCACUGUCCCCAACACCUGCUCAUUGUGUGUGUGUGUGUGUGUGUGUGUGUGUGUGUGUGUGUGUGUGUGUGUGUGUGUGUGUGUGUGUGUGUGUGUGUGUGUGUUACUGCGGACACUAAUACAUUACACACCAUACAUGUUUAUUUUCAAUACUCAUCUGUUCUUUUAUCUUUUUUUCCCUCCAUCAUCUUGUGCAACAAAAGCAGAGAGACAAUGUCAGGAAAUCAUGGAGUAACCUGUCACUCCCGCUGGUUCCCAUUCUGACUCUUCCUCCCACCAAGCGCUCCUCUUCCGUAGGCAAGAAGUCCAGCAGGGGAACAGCGCCCUCUCCUGGCAGGUAGGAGAACACACUCUUGACAGGCAAUGAAAUGAGGUGCAUGAGGAGAUUGAAAUGAUGUAAAACAGGGAAGUAAAACAACUUAAAUCCUAACCAGGGUUCCAGUCGAGUCACAUUUGAAUAUGCUUUGUCACUAGCGGUGUCCCGACACAACUUUUUUUACUUUCGAUAUAAUCCAAUAUUGUAGCCUUCAAUAUUGACCAAUACAAAUAUUGAUCCAAAAUUGGCACAAAUUUGUGCAUGACAAGUUUUGCACUCAGCUGCAACGUCUUUUUCUGACUUCAACAAAAAUGACUGCCACACAGCUGACUCACUCCUGCUCCUUGCUACUUUGUUAGUACCUUAGCACACACUGUUGUUGUGAUUAUGUGGGCUCUGCAUGCUGGAUCAGGGCGCUGCUAGAUAGAGUUGUCGGAGCAGUCUGGAAUGGACUGCUUGUAUCAGAGUGCUGAUAUCGGAGAUUCUAGAUGCAGGCUGAUAUAAUUCAAUAUUCUUUUUUUUUCUUAUAUUGGUCCGAUAUAAGCAAAAAAAUAAUACUUUGACCGAUGGGACACUCCUAUUUGUCACUGUUUUAUUCGCCAAAUGCUGCUUUCCUUUUGUGCACAGACAACCUCAAAAAUCAGAGCGACCCCCAACCCCCAAACUGCUGAAGUCUCCUGGACCAGAAGACCCUGGAAACCUGCGUCCCUUCAGAGCCACACCUGAGAGUCCCCAGUCCACCAGAGAGCAAGAUGAGGAGGAAGAAGAGGAGCAGAUGCUUGGUCCUCUUCAGCCUCGACCUCAGCCGCUGGGCCAGAAUAAGAGUAGCAGUGAGCUGUCACCACCGCCAGUGGCCAGCGGUUAGUUUCCCCUACUUAUGUCUUCACACACGGAUAAACAUUUGAGAUUUGUUAUUUUUGGCUGUGUAAGAUUUACUGGCUCUUUUUAUGCCCUUCAGAGAGUGUGAGCAGUCCUCCAGCUCACAGGCCCUCUGCAGGAACCACAGACCCAGAGGAGGCGAGUCGGAUCCUGGCUGAGAAUCGCCGUUUGGCCAGGGAGCAGAGGGAGAGAGAGGAAGAGGAGCGCAAGCAGCAAGAGGAGCAGGCGAGGUAAGCUGAAAGAGCCGGUGAUCUGGAGAGGACAAGUGGAGGUGGAUAUGUGUGUCUAUCCUCAUCCUUAACUUUGAUUUUUAAUUGUGCCCGCACAGAUUAGCGAGGGAGGAGAUGGCUCGCCGUAAGGCCGAGGAGCGAGCAAAGAGAGAGGAGGAGGCUCAGCGUAAGGCCGAGGAGAUGAGGAAGAAGGAGGAGGAAGCGAGAAAGGUGGAGGAAGAGAGACUUGAGAGAGAAAGAGAGGAGGCAGAGAGACUCCAGAAACAGGUCGGGCAAAUCAAACUUGAAUCUUCUCAGAACCAGCGCUGUAGUCUAUCCUUCUAAAAGGACGUGUGUGUUUGUGUGUGCGUGAUAGAAAGAGGAGGAAGAGUCUCGACAGAGAGAGGAAGCAGAGCGACUGAGGCAGGAGAGAGAGAAGCACUUCCAGAAAGAGGAGGCUGAGCGUCUAGAAAGGAAAAAGGUGGCACAUGCUCUCUCACACACAUGUGCAAUAGUGCUCCUCAUGACCGUGUAUUUAUAUGCUCUUUUUUUCAUCAGCGUCUGGAAGAGAUCAUGAAGAGAACUCGACGCUCAGACGCUCCAGAGAAGGUAAUGGAUUAAUGAGGGACAGAUUUAGGCUGCAUCUCAAUGUACCCUGAGGAACCAUUACUGAUCCUGAAUGUUCGUUCUGUUUCUAUCCUUCCUGUCUUCAGAAAGUUGUUCCCAAUAGAAAUGGUGACAAUGCAGGUGACUUGAAUUACUUUGUUCUUUUUCCUAGUAUUAUUUUACAUCGUUGUUGUUGUUGUUGUUUUUGUUUCUUUUGUAUUAAAAGCAUAGGCUUUUUGUGUUGGUUUCUCUUGUCAUCAGUGACCCCUACAAGUCAGAGCCCAUCUACUGAGACCCCUUCACCAACAGACAGUAGCAACGGUCAAGAGGCCGACCCUAACCCAAACACCACUCUGCCAAGCCAAUCUGACCUGGGGUAAAUACCCUGACAGGUGUUUGAGCAUUGCCCAAAAGUAGUACGAGUGACAUAUAAGGACUUUCUCCUUUCUGUUUUUCUUCCAGGGAGAACGGGGAGUUUGAGGAGGUGAUCGUUCUGCCUUCACAUUCCAGGUUGUCUCCUCCUGAAGGAGAGGAGCAGCAGCAACAACAGGUGGAGGGGGAGAGAGUGUCUGUCAUAGCCUUCAGAGAGAACGGUCUCCUAAAGCCUCUCAGCGGGAUGGAGGACAUAUCAGUCCAGCAGGGACCAGGUUAGUGAGUGUCAUUUUUCUGCAACACUCCUGCUUCUUUAAUUUGUUUUACAAUCGUGUAUCAUGUAUGUGCCUAUUCUAGUCUAUUCUAUUCUAUUACAUUACAUUACAUUACUACCAUAACAUCACAUUGUGUUACUUCCCCUGGGUUACUUGUAUGGGGCAGCUUGUACAUGAAACAACACGGAUUAAACACUGAUUUACAGACAAUUGUUCAUUAUACACAAGCUAAAAUACAAAGUGAAGUCUAAUCACCAAUGUUGAGCAAGUGUAGUACUUCAUGACUGGAAUGGCUAUUCGGGUGAUUCUAGAUCUUAAAUGGACAUUCUGGCGAAAAAUUAGUUCAGGGUCAAACACACCAUUACACAUAGUUAGACACCCCCUCGAGAGAUGAAUGUUGCCAACUAUUUGCUUCUUUAGUUAUACCAACUUUAGUAACAAUCGCAGAUAGCAAUACACAGCAGUCUACAUCUACAUGCACAAACCUCGACCAAAAAGCCACUCUAUAGCCACAAAUAAUAUUCAGAACAGCACCUAACUUCAUCAACAGUACAUAUAGGGUCCCAACCAUAGUACUAGCCAUCAAAUGUCUUUUCAGCUUUGCCUGAUUUCUUUAGCAAAGAGACCAAACACAACUUACCUACUCUCUUAGCCGCUUGUUUGUGGGGGGAGCCCUGACGAGUCGAUCACUGAGUGCAGCGGAUCAUUUCCAUAAAGUAAUAAUCAUGAUAAUAAUCAUUUGGCACUGCAGACGCGGUAUUUCUUCUGCCUUUGUGUCUGCAAAACUUGCUGCACUCUGUGAUUGACUCGUCAGGGCUCCCCCCACAAACAAACGGCUGCUGAAAUAGAGUAGGUGAGUUGUGUUUGGUCUCUUUGCUAAAGAAAUCAUGCAAAGCUGAAAAGACAUUUGAUGGCUAGUACAAUGGUUGGGACCCUAUAUGUACUGUUGAUGAAGUUAGGUGCUGUUCUGAAUAUUAUUUGUGGCUAUAGAGUGGCUUUUUGGUCGAGGUUUGUGCAUGGAGAUGUAGACUGCUGUGUAUUGCUAUCGUGCGGUUGCUACUAAAGUUGGUAUAACUAGAGAAGCAAGCAGUCUGCAACAUUCAUCUCUCGAGGGGAUGUCUAACUCAGUGUUACGGUGUGUUUGACCUUAAUUUUAUGCUGGACUAUCCCUUUAAGUCAUAGCCUCAGACAUGAGAACAAGGUGCCAAGCUUAACUUAGACAAUGAUACUACAAAAAACAGACACUAAAAUUUUGGGAGAUCUUGUUAUUCUUGUUCACCAUUUCAGCUUAAGUGUUAUAUUUAUUCUCCUAACUUUUUGUUUUCAGAUGUUGCUUGAGGUCCUUUAUGACCGAGCCGAUCCCACACCCAGAGAGACAGGAAGUGAGACGGUCAGAGAGGUAACACAGAACUGUUGGACUGAACCAAAGGAAGGACUUGUAGCGUCACAGCUGGACCCUUCCAGAGGCUCACCCUCUCAACCUCCUGUGACAGAAGAGCACCGAAGCCAUUUCCCAAAGAUGGUGUCUCCAAAGAUCUCCCUCAAAGCAUAUCCAGAGAGAAGUUUCUCAUCCCUCAACGAACUCCCGGGGGGGUUAAAGGUCUCUGUCAUGGUCACAGACUAUGACUCUACACUCUGUUCUGAUGUUCUUUCACAGUCCAAACUCCCCGUAUUUCUGAAGUGAAUGUCCUAAAAUCACAGGAGGGCACUGAACGCCCAUCCCAUCUUGUGACUCUGGUGAUGUUUAUAUGUGUGUGUGUAUGUUGAGGUGUGUGCGUGUGAAUGAGAGACUAGUACUGAUGUAAACUGAGAUCAGCUGUAAAGUCUUCAGCCAUGAUACUUGAAGAGAUUAUUUUGUCGCUGUGUAGAGCAUACUGUAACACAGAAUCUGUGCUGUGACGUCAUAACAAGCAUUCACACUACAGAUUCAGAGUUACAGGUUGAUGCUCUCUUAAACUGGAACCUUCUCCUUCUUUUGUGUACACAUAUCUAUUGAAAUGCGUCAGAUGAGAUAAUAUCAGUGCAUGAAUUUGUAUUAAGAUUGCAGGAGAGUGUUGUGUAAUAUAUUCGCCAGGUGAGGCAGGGUGUCAGAGCAUGAAGUUUAAGUUGAAUAAUGUCAAAAUGAAAAUACUGUUCUCAGAAAAAUAGGGUGUAAACUACUGAUUUUUUUAGUUAAUUUAAUUACUGUACAGUUAAGAUGAUUUGUUUUGUCGUUAUCCUGUUGUUUAAUUUGAAAGAAGCUUUGACUCUCAGUAAUUCCCCCUCAUUUCUUAACCCUUUACAAACACAUCAAUGCUGCAUCUUCUCAUGCUGUAAUCUGAGCAUUUUUGGAAGUUCACUUUUGUUUCAACCAGACAUGUAAAAACUGGAUUUAAUUCAUGGGUGAUGUUAAUUCUGUAAUAAUCUGACUUAUUUGAUCAUUUCCAUGAAGGAUAUAAGAAAUGCUGCUGAUGGAAAUGAUCUUUUGCCUUACAGCGUUGUGGAAAGAAUGAGCUGACUUACUCUUUCGAAAUUGAAGAUUUGCAUUCUCGAUAUGAGCUUUGGCGCAUUUGCUACAUUCCCUGAGUCUCCAGUGGCUUUCUUUCCUUGAUUUAUGUUCAAGUUUAUGAUGAAUGGUUGUCAGUUUGACUAAAUGACAGAAUAUAAGAGCAAUAAUGUUAAAAAUGUCCUUCAUGCAGCUUUUCAUCACAGGACAUGACUGGGAUAAUCCUGCAACUUUCACUUCAGUCAUUUCAGGAAACUCCUAAAAAUGCUGCUCUCUGUGCUUUGGGUUCAGAAAACUUUACUUUUAGAUUCUUUGUUCAAGUCUUACAGUUGUACCAAAUGGAUGGAAACUUCAGAAAUAUUAUUUAGGGCCUGUUUCUGCCAGUAGUUCACAGCAUGCUGUUUUCAACAUGCUAACUUGACUAAGUUUGCAAAGUACUUUCUAAAAGAAAAAUCAGCUGUAAAGUAUAUUAUUGUGAGAUAUCCUACAAAUUCUAUGUAAAAGUUGAUAUAUUUUACUAAGACUGACCACAAGGCUUUGAAGACUUAUGAACCCUUUAUUUUAGAGGGUCUGUGGGAUGAAAUCUUUGAGCAACUAUAAAAUCACUGUAAAACUGUUGCAGCCGUACUGUUUGGCAAGUCAAUAAAACUUUCUGAAUUAACUACCCACUCACUGAAUUGUCAUGAUUUUCUCCCUUUUUUUAAUUCACAAAACACACCUGAGGUUAAGAGGAAAAAAAUGACAUGCCAAAGACUUCAUUUUGUAUAUUUAUGUUGCAUAAACAACUCCCCAAAAUACAGAAGAGACCCUGAAAAUACUACUCUAAUUAUCUAGAAAAGUAGAGCACACAAAACUUUAUUUUUUUCAACUAUCUUGUGAGAAAAGUGUUCGUUUUGAACAUUAGACAGAAAAUAUUUACAUUCAGUGGAAAUGAAAGACUGAAUAGCAUCAUGGAAGACCACAGAUGAGAGUUCAGUGAUAAAGAGUAUAACAGAGGUAAAAUGAGAAAUACAUGCUCACAUGUUGAGGAUGUUUUUGUCACAACUCCUGACAAGUUGAUAACAUUCAAAUCUUGCACAUGCAGCCAGCGUGUUGGCCCAAAUGUCCACUCUAAUACCCAAAAGCCCUUAAAGUUGUUUUAUUCAACUUUUUUCUGAAGGAAUGGGAUUGUUCAGUUUCACCAGUAGAAAGUUUUGGUGAGAAAGCUAGCUGCAGCAUUGAGCCAGCUUCCGUUA